UUCUUCUCUUCAAAUUUCUCUUUAACACCUUUCUUUGUAUAGAGAGAGAGAGAGUGGGGAAAGGGGAAGAGUAACAAUGGCAGCUUGCACUCUCUACUCCACACAAUGUUUCAACACAAUCUCAUCAACACCAUCAUCAAAAACACAUUUAGGAUUCCACCAAAGACAAGUAGUGUUCUACACAACAACCAAUAACAAAAGAAGCAGCAACAAGAGAAGCGGAAACAACAAUACCGGCCGCUAUGUAAUAACAUGCGCGGCCGGAGACACGGUGGUGAUUGGUCUUGCCGCAGACUCAGGCUGCGGCAAGAGUACCUUCAUGAGAAGGCUAACAAGUGUGUUCGGGGGCGCGGCGGAGCCGCCCAAGGGCGGAAACCCGGACUCGAACACACUUAUUAGUGACACAACCACCGUAAUAUGCUUGGAUGAUUACCAUUCAUUGGAUAGAACCGGAAGAAAAGAGAAGGGUGUGACUGCACUUGAUCCAAGAGCCAAUGAUUUUGACCUCAUGUAUGAACAAGUUAAGGCUCUUAAGGAAGGAAUUGCAGUUGAGAAACCUAUUUACAACCAUGUCACUGGUCUCUUGGAUCCACCAGAAGUCAUCAAACCUCCCAAAAUCUUGGUCAUUGAAGGUUUGCAUCCAAUGUUUGAUGCUCGGGUCAGAGAUCUCUUGGACUUCAGCAUCUACUUAGACAUUAGUAAUGAGGUUAAAUUCGCAUGGAAAAUUCAGAGAGACAUGGCAGAGCGUGGACACAGUCUUGAAAGCAUCAAGGCUAGCAUUGAAGCAAGGAAGCCUGAUUUUGAUGCUUAUAUUGAUCCUCAAAAGCAAUAUGCAGAUGCAGUGAUAGAAGUGUUGCCAACUCAGCUGAUCCCAGAUGACAAUGAAGGGAAGAUUCUAAGAGUGAGGCUGAUACAGAAAGAAGGGAUUAAACACUUUAGCCCUGUUUAUUUGUUUGAUGAUGGUUCCACCAUUUCUUGGAUUCCAUGUGGAAGGAAGCUUACAUGCUCUUACCCUGGCAUCAAAUUCUUCUAUGGACCUGAUACUUACUUUGGAAAUGAGGUGUCAGUUGUAGAAAUGGAUGGUCAAUUUGACAGAUUAGAUGAACUAAUAUAUGUAGAGAGCCAUCUAAGCAACCUGUCAACAAAGUUCUAUGGAGAAGUGACUCAACAGAUGUUGAAGCAUGCUGACUUCCCUGGAAGCAACAAUGGUACUGGUCUCUUCCAAACCAUUGUUGGUCUCAAGAUUAGAGACUUAUAUGAACAGAUCAUAACCUCCAAGGCUGAGACUCCUGUUGGAGCAGCUAAGGCUUAGAUCCAUUUCAUAUAUAUACAGCCAUUGAAUUUGAUGAUAUCAUGAGAUGAAAUCAAUCAUUUUCUUCUUCUUCUUUUAAUCAAUGUUGGCUUCUUGUUUUGGUGAGAGCUUCUUCAUAAUGUAAAACACUCUUCUGUAUGUAUCUAUCUCUAUAUAUAUAUGUAUGUACAAUUAUCUUA